GUUCCAUGGAAAUGUUCAAAAAAGUGGAAAUAUCGGGGAGGGUUUGCCAGGUCUUCGCCGUCAUUACAGGCACGCUGACGGUUAUAGCGGAUGGAAUGCAUUAUGGCUGGACUUCGCCAAUUAUACCGUUGUUGGAGGCAUCGCCAAAUUCAUUUGUACAUGAGUCGGACGUGGUAUGGAUCGAAAAUUGCCUAAUGUUUGGAGGAGUGGCAGGUUUGUUCAUAACAAUGUGCCUCUUGGAUAAGAUAGGGCGGAAGGCAACGAUGUUAACAGCGGCCGUAGAAAACAUGAUCGCAUGGAUUUUAAUUGCGACUUCGUCAUCAGCAGAAGUGCUUUUCGUGGCACGUUUCAUCGCAGGAAUUGCUGCAGACGUCAAUUUUGUGGCCGCCCCAGUUUACAUCGCCGAAAUUGCCGAUAAGAAAAUACGCGGCCGAUUGAGUUCACUCAUUAACAUCUUCGGUCUGCUAGGACUUGUGCUGAUUUAUGCCGUCGGACCGUACGUGUCAGUGGGGAUAUCAAGCGUAAUUGGAAUGGGCUUCCUAGCCGUUGAGAUCAUUACCUUCUCCACAAUGCCAGAAAGUCCUCACUACUAUCUAAUGCGAAAUAAUCCCGAAGCCGCUCGUAGGUCUUUAAAGGUAUUUCGGAACGUCAAUGUGGAUGGAGAGUUGAAAAUGCUAAAGGAAAUUGUAGAAAAGGAAAACGAAAACAGAGGUCGUCCCCUUGAUUUACUGAGGGUUAAGAGUAAUAGAAAGGCUUUUGGUAUAAUGGCAGUUCUAAAUAUUUCGCAACAUUUCACUGGACUAAGCGUUAUGCUCAUGAAUAUGCACAUAAUUCUAGGAGAGGCAGGUUUGAGCGUGGACGCAAACAUGACUGCGAUCGAAUUUGGGCUGGUUAUGGUGGCGGCUUCAAUCGUAUCGACGUUUCUAAUCGAUUUAGUCGGAAGAAAAGUGCUUCUAUCCAUUUCCAGUUUUUGUACAGCAGCCUCUCUGCUUGUCCUGGGCGCCUACUUCUCUGUUAAACACAAAGGGGGUGACACAAGUGAAUACUCCUGGGUUCCGGUAGCGUGCCUGAUGAUAUACGCAGUUACCCAUAAGAUUGGUCUUAGUUUUGUGCCAAUUGUGGUCACUGCCGAAUUAUUUCCUACGAACAUUAAGGCUGUUGGUUGUACGGUGGCCGAUUCAAUAUUCGUGAUUUCGAGUGCCAUUACAAUUUUCGUCUUUCACGCUCUGUAUCGCAAUUUUGGUAUGCACGUGCCAUUUUUCAUGUUCGCCGGCUUUGCGGUCCUAGUCGGUUUAUUUGCGAUAUUCCUCAUGCCGGAAACCAAGGGGAAAACGCUGGAGGAGAUUCAGGAAAUACUCAGAGGUGAAGAGAAUGAGCACGUUUUCCGCGUUGAAACGACGCUCUUAUUGUCCGCAAGUGAGGAGGCCUGUGACGAGUAGUGUUAAGCGUUCGGGAUGCAGGCGGAUUAAUAAAGUGUUAAUGUGCUCCA